GUAUUUAUUUAUUAAAAGAAACUCAACAAAUAAACCUCAAAAAUCAAAUCAUCUGCUGAAUACGACCUUCUUUAUAAGGCUCCUCCACCCUCCUAUCCAUUUCAUUUUCCACAGCUUCAACUCUCCUUCCUAACUCUCAUUACAUCAUUUUCUCUCCCUCUCUCUAAACUUUCUUUGCUUAUUAGCAAGAGAAAAAUAAUAUAAUCAACAAGCUUCACUUAGUAUACUCAACUAAAUUUUUUUUGCAAAUUUUGCUUUCUUUUUUUAUUUUUAUUUUAGACUUUUCUUUCCAGCAUUGCAAAACAUCUCAUGGGGAGGCAUUCUUGUUGCUACAAACAGAAGUUAAGGAAAGGCCUUUGGUCACCUGAAGAAGAUGAGAAACUUAUAAAACAUAUUACUAAAUUUGGUCACGGCUGUUGGAGCUCUGUCCCUAAACUAGCAGGUCUUCAGAGGUGUGGAAAAAGUUGUCGGCUGAGGUGGAUUAACUACUUGCGACCUGAUUUGAAAAGAGGAACAUUCUCACAGGAUGAAGAGAAUUUGAUCAUUGAACUUCAUGCAGUUCUUGGGAACAAGUGGUCGCAAAUUGCAGCUAGAUUGCCUGGAAGAACUGAUAACGAGAUUAAGAAUCUGUGGAACUCGUCAAUUAAGAAAAAGUUAAGGCAAAGAGGGAUUGAUCCAAAUACUCACAAGCCACUUUCUGAGGUUGAGAGCGAAGAGAAAGCGUCGGCAAACAGUAACAAUAAGAACAAUGACAAAGUUUCUGAAAGUUCAAAUAAUGAGUUCAAUUUUGUUGAGGCUCAUGAAAAUGGAUUCUCAACAGAAAAGGGUAUAAAUAAUAUGGAACGUUAUCCACUUAUCGAUCAUCAGGCCAAUAAUAUUGCCCCACCAACUCAUGAAUUCUUCACAGCCAAUUGCAAGUCACCUGAUUUGUCUAGUUAUCUCUCCUUUCACAAUUAUAGUCCCAACACCAAUAUUCUCUUCAAUACCAAAAACUCUUCUUCUGACAAUAUGGUAUCUGAUCAUCAUCAGUUCAAUUGUAGCACCUUGCCAAAUGCGACCUUUUCCACUAUGUCAUCGAACUCGAUUCUCAGUACAUCCCCGUUGGCACGUACUUUUAAUAUCAACAAGUUUCAGAAUUGGGAAGCAUGUACUAUCAGCAGCAACGGCAGCAACAACAGCAAUGGCAGCAGUAACAGUAUCGAAUUACAAAGCAACUGUUCAUUCUUCGACAACAGUAAUGCUGCUGCUGCUGCUUUCACUUGGGGAUCAGCGAGCGCAGCAGCAGCAGCAGACGGUUCUGGGAAACAGGAGAGGGAAGAAAUUAAAUGGUCCGAAUAUAUGCAAACCCCGUUUUCACUAGGUGUUAAUAAUAACACAAUCCAGAAUCAUCAUCAUGAAAUUUCUCCUCAUCAUCAAGAUUUGUACGACGGCGAAACAAAGUCUGAGACACAAUUCAUGACACAUGGCACAUGGCUUCAGAAUCAAACGCCGCAGACUUCUCUGCAAACUGCUGAUUUAUACAGUAAUAAUAAUUUCCAAAGGCUCCCUGCCGUCUUCGGUCAAUUCUCUUAGCCCAUUUUCAAUGGCUAAUUAUCAAGCUCACUUAUUAUGGACGUACGGUUACUUAAUUCGCUACAGGUGUGUGCUAUAGAGUUUUUAUUUUUAUUUUUUAUUUGGCUUCUUAAUCUGUACAUAGGUCUUACACAUAUUUCCCUUUGUCUCAACACUCGAUAAAAAUAUUGGAAAGUUUGUUGAUCAUCCUCCUUUAGUGGAUGGCAUAUGAUAGUAUAUGUACCUUUUAUUUUUCUUUUGUGAUUUGUAGAUCUUUUUAUUUACAGUUGUAAUUCUGUUUGUUGAUUAAGCAAUAUUCAAUCAAAAAGUUUUAUGGCUUUUCUAGUUUU